AUUGAAGACGAGAGCGAUUUUGCGCGGGUUUGACAGACUUAUUAGCCGUGCCGUCACCUUAUCGCGAAAGGAAUUCGAGGGGGAUUGUUGCCAAAAACACCCAAAAAAAACAAAAAAAAAAAAAACGUCGAAUAUAUAUCGGAGCUUGGUGAAUCACGAAAAGGUGCGCCUAAUACGGCGACCUCCAGGUUGAUCGCGUCGUGGAACGAGCGUAGUACAUAAACCGCGAUUCGCUAUACUUCACAAUACUUUACGACGAGGAAAAUAGAGGAAAACGUCAAGAAAAUUGCGUUUAAAAAGCUCGACCGGUACUUUGACAUGACAUAAGAGCGUGGCAAUCGCCCCAAACCUCAACGUCGCCGGAUUGCGCCGGAUAGUUGCUGCUAAACGAAACGUUCGUUCAUUGUCUAUUAUAAUCUAGAAAGAGAAAGAGAAAGAUAGAGAGAGAGAGAGAAAGAAAGGAAUAAAAGGACAGCAAAGUGCAAAGUUAGAUUUACUUAACCCAAAUUUAUCCAGUGAAAUCGCCGGGUGGAAAUAAGGCGCUAGUCCCGGACUUUAUCGCUGGAUUUUAUCGAUGGUGCACGAGAAUAGAUCAACUGUAAACGUAUCUGUUUUCAGCGCCGGCUAUGAGAUCAUUGUACAAACAUCAUGACGGACACUCGCCCUUGCCGCGACACGAAAGUCCCUCCCUGUCUCCGCCGAGUUUUCUCAUCGGUAUCGCGCGACGAACACGUUGAAGGAGCCGAGAAGAAUGCGCGAGCGUAAGCACGAGUCGAGAGGUAUCGGUGUGUGAAAAAGCGUGCGGGAUCGGGACGGUUCGCGAAGCGUAGUGCCGCAAAUUUUAAGUGUCUAGUGUCUCGACAGCUCGGUCAACCAUGAAGAAGCAGUUUUUCCGGGUGAAACAGCUCGCCGAUCAGACCUUCUCCAGGAGUGAUGUGUCAAAAUUAUGGACAGAUUAUAUUUGACUAAUAAAAUAUGAAUUAUCACAAGAGAAAGAUAAAUUCUAGAUUAAAGUAUUCCAAAAUUGAUUACUCGUAUGGAUAUUGAGCAGAUUAGAAGAGAUAAAACAGAAGCUGGUAGAACAGAAGUAUUAACGGAUGAUUUGGUGGAUGCUGACAAGCAUGUUGAACAGAUAAGAGCAGCUCUUACCGGUCUCAGUAAAAGACUCGGAAACCCACCGAACCAAGCUAUUACACAAGACCAGGCUCUUAAGGAGAAGCGUUUGAAAAAAUGCCCUGAGUAUAUACUCGGGCAAACCAUGUUGGAAAAUGCUGGUGAAGAUGGCCUCAUGAGUUUUGCAUUAGUAGAAUGUGGGCGAGUACAAAUGUCACUGGCUAAUGAAACUGUAGAACAUGAGGCAAAAGUCGAGCAAUAUGUAGCUGCCCCGUUGCAGCAUAUUUUAGAUACCGAUGUACCAAAUAUAUUAAAGCAUAAAAGGAAUUUAGCACGUCAUAUUUUAGAUAUGGACAGUGCUAGAACAAGAUAUUUUCAAGCAAUUAAACACAGCACUGGUACAGGUGCAACAAAGAUAGAUAAUUUGAAGGAGGAAUUAGAAGAUGCCGAAUCAAAAGUUGAACAAUGCAGAGAUCAAUUGGCUGCAGAGAUGUUUCAGCUUAUGUCGCGAGAGACUGAACUAGCUCAAACAAUUAUCCAAUAUAUAAAACUUCAGCGAGCAUAUCACGAAAGCGCAUUGCAUUGUCUUGAAGAUCUUAUACCUGGAUUGGAGAGUUAUAUUAAUGAUAACGAAAUGAAGCCAGUCUAUGGAUAUCCUCUGGAAGAACAUCUUAGGGUGACAAAUAGAAAAAUCGCACUGCCCAUACAAUUAUGUGUAUCCGCACUAUUGCGUUUGGGUAUAGAGGAGGAAGGUCUUUUUAGAAUAGCUGGUGCCGCGUCGAAAUCGCGACGAAUUAAGUUAAGUCUAGAUGCCUGUUGUCUCACUUUAGCGACAGCCCUUGAAUACAAAGAUCCACAUGUUAUUGCCGGCGCGUUGAAAUCAUACUUACGCGAAUUACCGGAGCCUCUAUUGACGUACAAAUUGUAUCAUGAAUGGAUGGCUGCGGCAAAAAUCACGCAUAAUGACACGAGGUUACGAGCUCUUUGGGAGGUAUUAUAUAAAUUGCCACCAGCAAACUUGGAAAACUUGCGGUUUUUAAUUAAGUUCUUAGCUGUGCUCACAAAGAAUCAAGAUGUAAAUAAAAUGACACCGCAAAACAUCGCUAUUGUCAUUGCACCAAAUCUGAUUUGGAGUCCGCAAGAGGACGCAAAUACGAUAGUGAUGAAUAUGAGUACAGCGAACAACUCUAGUCUUAUAGUAGACCAAUUAAUUACAUAUGCAGAUUGGUUCUUCCCUGGCGAAGUGGAUUUCGAUCUAGAGAUCGGCAUUAUAAAUGAUACGGAAAGUCAGAGUAUUGGUAUGCGCCGUUGUGUGUCCAAUUGUAGUCUUAGUGAUCACGGCGAAAGUCCAACGCAAGGCAGUCCGAAACCAGCGGCGCGUCGAAAGAAUAAACCGGCACCAACACCGCCAGGUGGCAAUACUCCGGACAGGCAUGAGAAAAGAGACGACAAGCCGCCCCCGACGCCGGACAAACCACCGAGAGUGUUGACAUCUACUCUAAAUCGAUCGACAUAUAAAGCACAAAAGCACGAAGUAAACACCGAAUUGAUACGACACGAAAGCAAUACAGAAAAGCAUGACAAACAUGCGGAAACGGAUACGAAGUCGCAAUCAAUUUCGGAAUCGAUACCGACGGAAUCAAUUCAUUUUGUUGAUAAUCCCGAACGGUUACAGGAAACCGGCGUUUCCCAAAAUGAAGUCUUCCACGACGUGGAAAAAAGUACCCAAGAACUGCAAAGAUAUGAUACAAAAGUAAAUAUACCAAGUGCAAAGGAGAAACCAAAUGGAAACUCGUCCGAUAAUGUUGCUAAGAUAAUUACAGAAAUCGAGCAUAGUGAAAUUAUAAUGCAGAAACCAAAACCAGUGCCUACAGAAAAACCCUCCACAUUAGAAAGGAGAAGACCAGUUGCGGCACCAAGAAGUAUAACAAAUAUUGUGCAUAACACAGAAGAAGUCGUUGAAUUACGUAAAAAAUCAGACAGCAAUGUUACGAAUAUGCAUGUGUCUCUAAAUGAAAGAAGCGGUAAACCAGCGAUUCCUGAACGACCACCUGGUUUAGUUCGUCCAUCGAGCCUCAUUAGACAGCCGCGUCCCACUAAUGAUAAUCUAGAAACAGAUCCAGGGCCUUUAACACUGGAAAGGGCUCAUGUGUACUCUGUGGACAAACAGCAGGUCAGUAUAAUACAAGUUCGUGGGGGGAACAACGUCAUCCCGGGCAUGGAGAGCACUGGCAACACGGCAACUUCGAACUUGCAGAGAAGUCCAAGUGUGGGUAGCCGUCCGUCGUCAAUGUCAUUAUAUGGUGCUGAACGUUCGGAGAAGCUUGAGAAGCUGGAUACGCCGCACGAACAAACCAAGGCGCACGUACGAACUAGAUCGGAAGGUAAUAUUAUGGACGUUCAAACACAGACCAACACAGUGGUGACGAUUCUCAAGUCGCCGCAGCAGAAGCCAGCUUCGCCAAGAGUUCAUCAGCGACCGCCGAGGCCGCAACCACCGCCACCGCCACCGCCUACCACAAGGCCUAAAUCGGAACAAGAAAGCACUAAUCUCUAAUGGAGCUCGAUACGAAGUGCAAGAGACAAUCGCGACCUUGAAAGAUAUUGCAGAUGUCUUUAUUUUUAAAGACGUUUUACACGUAUGAUAUCACCAAUGAAAUCUACAUGGACAAAAAGUUACUGAAAAUCUUCGAUUGAUAAGAAGUAUCAUGAUUGUAUUUAUAUAGAGAAACAUCGCAUUCGUCCAUCGAGGAUUGAAAACGAGGCGAGUAUAUUCAUAGAUUUGAUAAUAUUCGGACAAAGUUACUCUAUUUUUCCCGUGAUCUCCCUAUUUAUACGACUUCUUAUCGUAUUCCAACGGAUAAUCUAAUGAAAAGAGCGUUUUGAGAAUUGCCAUUAUAUGGUAACAAGAAGAUCCACAUAAGUAUGCAUUUGGACGUUUAGAAAGCGUUUUGCACUUGGCAGCUUUUAGCACGCCAUGCGUUGUAUCCAAACCAAUUUUAGGUAUACAUCUAAUUUCGUAAUCAUGAUAUUUUUGCAGCUUAUUACCAAUUUUUAUACUUAUUCCGAAUAAGAAGAGACAAGCUCUAAGAACAAAAAUAUGAGUUUACAUCACAUUUCUAUUGUAAAUAUUGAAGUGCACAAAGUGUGCUCAAUAUAUAAAGUUGAAGUGUUAUUACAGAAUAAACUUUAGUCUGCAAAACGUUAAAUAACAUCAGCGUUUAAAAUAUAAAUUUUUAAUUAAUACGUCCAUUUUAAAAGGGAAAAAACGAGUUAAUGUUUGAAAGAACUGAUAUGAUCAGUAUAUUGGAAUUGAAUCAACGGGUGAUAUUUAUUAGUGAAGAUUGUUUGUUAAUCGUUAUAAAAUGCUGAAAAAAAAACUAGCGUAUCGGCGCCUUAUAUUUAAUCGAUUUGAUGCAUGACUCUGGAUUACUGUUAACAUCUGAAAAGUAAAAAGAACUCUUUUAAUAUAGUUAAACAUUAAUUUUUAUGUUUACAUCACGGAAUAUUUACAAUUGUAUGCAAUGAACUUGUGAUCUUGGAUUAUCAGGCUAAGAUAAUCAUGCCAGUUGAGUCUAUAAAUAUCAGAUAUGUAUCUACAACAGAAUAUUUAUCAGUUAUAUACAAUUAUUAUACGAUAUUAAUGCAAUCAUCUUUGUUAGUUUUCUCUCUUUUCCAAAAUAAUAUAUAAAUAAACUUUAUAAUUUACAAUUAAGUAAUAUAAAAUUUUCUAAACUUUAUUUCUCAGAAAUUUUCACUGUGCUAUUUUAUAGAUUCAAAUAAAAUUCGUAAUGUACCUAAAAGAUCCCGAGUUUAUUGCACUUCGUUCUGUCGAAGAAGAAUGCUAGAUUUGCAUUUCUACAAAUUUUCGUGAGCGCUUUAAAUAUAUGGAAUUAUUUCGAAAUUAUUUUGUAUUGUUCACAAUAUUAAUUAAGCAGCGAGUUAAAUUUAUAAAAAUCUAGCCAAUGACAAAUCACGCAUUUACCCAAGGUAUGCUUAGGCUGUGAAUGUAAUGGACUAUUAGACGAGUUAUUUGUACAUAAAUAAAGAUUUACUCUCUA